AUGUGUCAAUUUCAACUUUAUGAAACUAAAACUAGAUAUUAUCUUGUUGGCACAAAUGAAUCGAAACAACGAUAUCGCGUCCUUCAAAUUCAUCGUACAAACCCUACAGAGCUUGUUGUAAUUGAAGACGAUGUGCUCUACACAGAACAAGAGAUGACACGUCUUCUUAAAAUGAUUGAAGAUGGUAAUUUAAGUGUAGGAGGACUUCAGUUAUCACCAAUGCGUAUUUAUGGUAUCGUUGGCUUCGUACGAUUCACUCAGGGCUGGUACAUGAUUUUUAUAACCAAGCGCCGACGAGUAGCUAUCUUGGGUGGACAUUACAUAUACCAUAUCGAUGAAACAAGGUUAGUCCCCAUUAAUCCUGGAGAGACAGCAGCAACGAAGAUCAAGAUUGAUAAAAAUUCAGAUGAAGCACGUUAUGUAGCCACAUUUCAAAAUAUUGAUCUGGCCAAGAAUUUCUAUUUUUCAUAUACAUAUGAUAUUACUAACUCACUUCAAAAUAAUAUGACACAACCACCAUUAACAACAACUAAUAAAAAUGAUGAUACUCCCGGAUUAUUACAUAAUGACAUGUUUGUUUGGAAUCAUUAUUUAUUAAGUUCUGGAUUUAAGAAUUUAAAUAGUCGUUCAGGAUGGAUUUUACCUUUAAUAUAUGGAUUUAUAGAUCAAGCAAAAAUCUCAGUAUUUGGCAGAAGUAUUGUAGUUACACUGAUUGCUAGGAGAUCUCGUUAUUUUGCUGGAGCUCGAUUUCUUAAACGUGGUGUAAAUGAUAAGGGGUUCGUUGCAAAUGAUGUAGAAACAGAGCAAAUUGUUGCAGAUAUGGCAACAACUUCAUUCCAUUCAACAGAUUAUCUUUAUGGGAACCCACGAUAUACAUCAUAUGUACAGCAUAGAGGCUCUAUUCCACUCAUUUGGUCUCAGGAUACCACUAAUAUGUCACCCAAACCACCUAUUGAAUUAAAUGUUGUGGAUCCCUUUUUUUCAGCAGCAGCGCUUCAUUUUGAAAACUUAUUUCAACGAUACGGUACACCUUGCAUUGUUUUAAAUUUAAUUAAACAAAAGGAAAAAACAAAAAGAGAAUCCAUAUUAGGAAAGGAGUUUGAGGAAGCAAUAUCUUAUUUAAAUCAAUUCUUACCAGAAGACAAAAAGAUUAAAUACAUUGCUUGGGAUAUGUCAAGAGCUUUUAAAAGUCAUGAUCAAGACGUAAUUGGCUAUUUAGAGAAGAUUGCAGAGGAAACAAUGGAUGCUACAGGAUUCUUUCAUAGUGGAAUUCAAUCAGAUAAAAUCAAAUUAAGACAGUCAAGACAGCAUGGUGUGUUAAGAACAAAUUGCAUUGACUGUCUUGAUCGUACAAAUGCAGCUCAGUUUUUAAUGGGAAAAUGUGCUUUAGGGCAUCAGCUAUAUGCAUUAGGAGUGAUUGCGUCGCCUAAAAUUGAUUUUGAUUCAGAUGCAGUUAAUAUCUUUACAGAAAUGUACCAUGAUCAUGGAGAUACAAUUGCUUUACAGUAUGGUGGGUCACAUCUUGUGAAUACUAUGGAGACAUAUCGAAAAAUUAAUCAAUGGACAAGUCAUCCUCGAGAUAUGAUUGAAUCUAUACGACGUUUCUAUGCCAAUGCUUUUUCAGAUGCUGAUAAACAAGAUGCUAUUAAUUUGUUUCUGGGUAACUUUGUUACUCGAGAUGGACAACCUAUGCUUUGGGAACUAAGCUCUGAUUAUCACUUGCAUAAUCAACAUCCGUUAGAAAAGGCAGAGCGUAGAGAGUAUGACAAGAUAGAUGAUAAUCAAGAUUUAGAUUUAUUCAAGAUACCUAAACAGUUUCAAGUACCUGCUUAUAACCCAGAUGCUAGUGAUUUAUAUCAAGGCUAUUGGGUUGAAUAUUAUAAUCAUGAACACUAUACAAGUUUAGAUAGUCUCUUUACAUUUAAUAUGAAUGGAACACUUAAAUAUAGACCAGUUAAAAUAUCUGCUCAUUCAAAAGAAAUAAGAGAGUAA